CGUCGGGUUGUGGAGUUGCUGGCCCUGGCGGACCCCGCCGACAGCUUUCAUAAGAAGACCGUGAGCGCAGCCGUCGGUGGAGGGGUGGCCUGCGUGGCGGGGGGCAUAGCCACCAUUACCGGCCUCAUCUUGGCCCCCUUCACGUUCGGGACGUCCACCAUCGUGACGGCGGUGGGGAUCAGCGUGGCAACAGCUGGAAGCAUCACCUCAGCAACGGCUAACAUCACAGACGCCGUUCAAUCCAAGAUGGACCGCAAGAAGGUGGAGAAGAUGAUCCAGGACUACCAGAAUGAGAUCGACGACAUCACGGAUUGUCUUGAAUUCAUGCAGAAUCUGACACUUUGUCUGUGGGAAGGAAUUAACACUUUACAGGAAUGGAACUUAAAGGAAUACUUUGAGAGUCUGGCCAACUCGAGGCUCCAGCGCAACAUAAAACACGUGGUGAAGGAAGGAGGACGAACAGGUAAAGCACUCAUGAUAAACACAGAAAAGCUUAUCAGCACGGUGAAAGUUCUGGCCGUGGCUGGAGGUGCUGCUCAAGCUGCCAAGGCCAUCAGCGUCACCACUGGGGUCGUGUCUGCGCUCUUCCUGGCCCUGGACGUCUUCUUUCUCGCAAAAGACUCCAACGAACUGCGCAAAGGCGCCAAGACCAAAUUUGCAUCCAAGAUCCGAGAGGUGUGCUGUGAACUUCAGAAGACCAUGGAUGGGAUUGAAGUGGAAGAAUAUGACAAGCAGGGUGAGGUAGAGGAUGACCAUCAGGAUCCCAUCAAACUGGCUCAGCUGGAGCAAGAACUCGAUCAGUUGGAGGAGAAACUUGAAAGGAUGGUUCACAAAUGAACAACAGUGAAAAAGGAGUGACGCCUACAAAGAAAGGAGUCGAAGAGUCAUCAAUUAAAAGAAAACAAUAAAAAAGGCGUGUAAUAAAACAAAUGUGUGAUCAAUAGCGUGAGACUUAAGACAUACUGUAUAUACAGCCAUCGAAAAAAUGAGGAGACCAUUCCAAUGUUCAUUGAAUCAGCAUUUCUAGAUGUUUUGUGGCCUUCCAGUACAAACUCGGUUGAAUUUCAACUAAAUCAAACCUCAGGAGUGACAUGAGGUCAUGCGACAGCAGUGUGAAAGACUCACACCAUGACAACUGUGAUAUAAAAUAUUAUUAAAAAAUUUUUUUUUUCAAAAUACUUGAUCAAAUAUUCCUGUUGUUUUGCCUAAACGUGAAUACGAACUUGUUUUCUUUGCAGUAUUUGAGGUCUGAAAAAACAGAGAGCAUCUUUUCUGUUAUUUUCACCUGUUUCUCCAGUUUUCAUUUUCUGCAAAUAAACGCAAAUAGAAAAUGCAAAUAUUUGAAAUUUGGGAGAAAUAUUGUUAGUUGUUCACAAAAUAAAACAAAAACGAUAAUUUAUCCUAAACACAUACCUAUAAAUAGUACAUUUUGAAGUGUUGUCUUUUUUUUUCCAUGGCUGUAUAUACAGUUGAAAGAAAAAGUAUGUGAACCCUUUGGGAUUUCUUCAUAAAUUGGUCAUAAAAUGUGUUCUGAUCUUCAUCUAAGUCACAACAAUAGAGAAACACAGUCUGCUUAAACUAAUACCGCACAAACAUUAUACGUUUUCAUGUUUUUAUUGAACACAACAUGUAAACAUUCAUAGUGCAGGGUGGAAAAAGUAUGUCAAACCCUAGGCUAAUGACUUCUCCAAGAGCUAAUUGGAGCCAGGAGUAAGCCAACCUGGGGUCCAAUCAAUGUGAUGAGAUUGGAUGUGUUGAUUAAAGCUGGCCUGUCCAAUAAAAAACACACACCAGUUUUGAGUUUACUAUUCUGAAGAAGCGUUGUCUGAUGUGAACCAUGCCUCGCACAAAAGAGCUCUCAGAAGACCUACGAUCAAGAAUUGUUGACUUACAUAAAGCUGGAAAGGGCUACAAAAGUAUAUCUAAAAGCCUUGAUGUCCAUGUGUCCACGGUGAGACAGAUUGUCUACAAAUGGAGAAAGUUCAGCACUGUUGCUACACUCCAUAGGCGUGGUCGUCCUGUAAAGAUGACUGCAAGAGCACAGCGCAGAAUGCUCAAUGAGGUGAAGAAGAAUCCUAGAAUGUCAGCUAAACACUUACAGAAAUCUCUGGCACAUGCUAACAUUUUUGUUGACAAAUCUACAAUAAGGAAAACAUUAAACAAGAAUGGACUUCAUGGGAGGACACCACGGAGGAAGCCACUGCUGUCCAAAAAAAAACAUUGCAGCACGUUUGAAGUUUGCAAAAGAGCACCUGGAUGUUCCACAGCACUACUGGCAAGACAUUCUGUGGACAGAUGAAACCAAAAUUGAGUUGUUUGGAAAGAACACACAAGCUAUGUUUGGGGAACAAAAGGCACAGCACACCAACAUCAAAACCUCAUCCCAACUGUGAAAUAUGGUGGAGGGGGCAUCAUGGUUUGGGGCUGCUUUGCUGCCUCAGGCCCUGGACGUCAUCGAUGGAAAAAUGAAUUCCAAAGUUUAUCAAGACAUUUUGCAGGAAAACUUAAGACCAUCUGUCUGCCAAAUGAAGCUUAACAGAGGAUGGACGAUGCAACAGGACAACGACCCAAAGCAUAGAAGUAAAUCAACAACAGAAUGGCUUCAACAGAAGAAAAUACGCCUUCUGGAGUGGCCCAGUCAGAGUCCUGACCUCAACCCGAUUGAGAUGCUGUGGCAUGACCUCAAGAGAGCGAUUCACACCAGACAUCCCAAGAAUAUUGCUGAACUGAAACACUUUUGUAAAGAGGAAUGGUCCAAAAUAUCUCCUGACCGUUGUGCAGGUCUGAUCUGCAACUAUAGGAAACGUUUGGUUGAGGUUAUUGCUGCCAAAGGAGGGUCAACCAGUUAUUAAACCCAAAG